AUUGAACUUUUUAUCAAAUAAUCAUUGUAUGAGUGUUACACAUGAAAGUUUAGUUUGCAUCAUAGACUGCAGUUUAAGAGUUCGCGGGCAUCUGGGACCGUCAUCUAUGAACGCAACAGUGUAGCGCAGAUGUUCGAGGCUUGGAGGUGGCGGAGAUUUCUGUUUUAUUGCGUAGCCGAAAAAUACGCCAAUGAUUCGUUUCCCCAGUGGGACUGUUGAUAGUCUCUCUUGCUUCUUAUCUAUCCCACAUACCUUGCUUAGUGCCUCUCCUCUUAAUCCCGGAGGACUGACCGUGCAAGGUAUUGAUGGUUCACCUUCCGGUCUCCCUUUCGCAGGACACACUCCUUUUGUUAGGAACCUAUGUUUGGGACUUAAUUUACCUAUCAUAAAUACCGCAAAUAUUAUUCCUCCUCUUAAUCUCGGGGUUGGCGUAGUACCUUCAGUUUCUUAUGCAUCUGCAGGGUGCCCAAACCCAGUUUUGUGUUAUCCUGCCUCAGUGACCCAAACGGCCCACUCAGUUAUUGAUUCUGGUUCAUCUGAUCCAUCUGUUCACACGAUUGUUCGUGGUCCAGUUAUGUACACAAGUGCUAGUAGUCGUGAUUUGAUUCAAAGAAGCAAUGAAAUUCAUUCUAGUAAUACAAAAAUUAAAGAAGAAAGUCCCCCUGAUCGUAUUGUAGCUUCUUAUGCUGCUGCAGCACAUGCAGCUGCAUUGGCUUGUCAUCAACCGAUUUCCAGAGCUGCUGAAGCUUACUUAGCCACAAACUCUUAUAACCGAUCACGUCAUUCUAAAAGACCUCGGGGAUUAAACCAUUUGUCUACUGUCACAAUAUCAACAACUUCGAAUACACUGUCUACUUUUGUCGAUACUGAAUCAAAUUAUAUUUCAUCAUCUAAUUUAUUAUCAGUCCCUUCUUCUGGAUCAUCACUUAUUUCAUCAGAAGCUAAUUAUGAAGAAUCUCAUAAAGGGUGGACUCGUCUAGUGAAUAGGAAAGCACAAAAUGUAGUGUACAUAACGUCUGAUGGUACUCGUCUACAUAACGUCGAUGAAGUAUACACAUAUUUAUCAACAAAAAAUUCAGAAUGUGAAGUUAAUUCCAGUAUAAAAGAAUUAAUCUCUGCUCAUUUCAUUUUUGCACCAACAAUCGAUGGUCCUUCGCUUGAGGAUACAUUAAAUUUUGUUCAUAGAUUACAGGGAUCUGUUUUAAAAAAUGAAUCAGUGAAUGAUAACGUUUCCCAAUUUAUAACAACUGUAUCAAGUAGUGUAAAUAAUGAUAUUGUUUCACAAGUCGUUAAAUCAUCAGAGGAAGUUUCCACCUGUCGUAUUACGUUCAACCCCGAUUAUUCAUCAAACUCUGACGUUCUGCCAGCAAAACGAUCAAAAUUAUCUGAUGAUUUACUUAGCUCAGAUUGUAAGCCAAAAGAGCCAUCUACAUUGAAGGAACAGUCCGUUAACUGUUUAGUCAAUACAACUCUCAGUGCAUGCCCUACACAGUCAUUUGUAUCAUCGAAUAGUUGUGAAUCGAAUAAUUUGUGUACUGAUGCACUGCAUACUUCAUCAAUUGAUCGAAUUCUUGAAGGACCAAGUGAUUUUGAAAAUAGUCAAUUCACUCACAAACAAAACUUGAAUAAUUUGGGUAAGAAUGAAGCUGAAAAUUAUGCAUCUUCGUCUACUUGCGUAUUUCCUGAUGAUAUAUCUUCCAGUCGAAUAAAACAAAGUCAGUUGCAGAAUGAUAGCGAAGUAGUUGCUAAACUUACCACUGAAACCCUUACAACUGGUGCCUUACGUACAUCGUUAGCAUCACUAACUACUGAGGUUGUUCCGUCCGUUAUAUCUCCGUCCAAGCAGAUUGGUGUAAAUGCUACAAAUUUUAGUUCAUCAGAUGCUACUAGUUCAUGUUUCGACCCAUCUCAGGCAAAUUUAGCUGCACUGAAUGUCUUGCCACAAAAUUCUGUUAAUCCUUUGUUCAUUGAACAAUUACUUGGAAUCAGUCAAAUGCGUCAUAUUCAACAUCCACAGCAGCUUAAUCAUCAUUUGUGUUCAGGCAUCACGGUCACAGUACCGACACAGAACAUCAUAGAAAACUAUCCAUUUGGUGUUUUAGCUAGUCAGUCUCUAUCAAAUCCUAUUUUAUCAUCUUUAACAGCUGAAUGGCUUUCAAAUCUUCGUUCAUCCACACAACAAUCGAUAACUAGUAGUACUCUUCCAGAGUUGACACUGAAUUCAGCUAUUGACAAUUUAAAUGCAACUUCUGUUCUUCAGCAAUAUCAACAACGACAACAUUUCUUAACUCUGGCAGCCUUACAAAAACAUCAGCAAAAUCAAGCACUAGCCUUGAUUCAAAAUGCUGUCUUGCUCCAACAACAACAAAGAAAUAAUAAUGUGGCAAACGCUGCUGCACUUGUCCUACGUCAACAACAAGAGCAGCAGUUGGCAGUAGCUUCCUUACAAGCCCAAAGUUAUAUAGCUGCUUUGCAACAGCAGUUUACUAAUUCACAUACCUAAAAUAGACUUCUCAUUACCCCAUUAAUAAUACCAUAUAUAAGUAGGAGAUUGAUUUAUUCACACCGUUCCUUAUUGGUAUGUUGUAUAUCACACAUAUCUAUUGACAAAUGUCUUUCUCAUUUGAUUCCUUUUUUAUUGAUUUUCUCCUUGCAUUGUGCUUACGCUAGUCGGAUGUAUUAACAGUGAUAAUAAUAGUGAUAUUUGGUAAUACUAGUCGCGCCUCAAAGGUAUACUUGUAUAUGUACACAUAUUGACACUGGGAUUUCUGCUUCUUUUGCAUUUCUUUUCUUUUAAGUAAACACUUCUAUUCAUUUUGAGUUUGUAACAGUGCUUUAUAACUACAGCACUGACUCCAUUACCAUUUGGUCCUGUAUUUAAAUGUUAUGUUGUAAUUAUACUUUCCUCUCAAAUCUUUUUUCGUAGUAUAUUUAUAUAUUGUACUAUUUGAUCAUUCUUUGCAUAGCUAUGUUUUUUAGGUGUUUCUGUGCGUUCGUUUCCAUUUGUAUUCUGUUUUUCUUUGUUUAUAAUAUUCUCUCUCUCUAGCUGCCAUCAUACUAUUUUAUCUAAUCAUACUUUGAACUUCUUGUGUUAUUAUUAUUACUAAAGACGGCAUAGAUAACUGAUACACUCUUUUUUCGUAUUUAACUAGUUUCGCAUUCUGUUAAUACCAUAUAGCUGAAUCUAUCAUUUCAGGUGUUGUUACAUAAAUGGAAGAUAAUAUGUGCUAAGCUAUUUUUCACAAUGGGUGGCAGCCUUCUUAUAAGUAAUAUAUACUGAACGAAAUUAUAUUAGUAAGAAAGUGUAAUGCUUUUAGUAGUGGCCCAGUUAAAAAAUGAUCAGUUUCCUUGUACUACUGUCUGAUACUCAUCUACUGAAGAUACUUACUUUGUAUGCUUAUGUUAAUUUCUGUGAACUGGAUAGUUUAAUUAUCCAGCUUUCAUUGUCCUUGGCAACAUCAACAUUUGAUCCAAGUGGAAGCGCAUUUUUCAGAUUAUUCUGAAAUGGUGAAUACAUCCUGUUUUGAAUAGCUUCGUUUGCGACAGGUUGUCUUCGUAGGUGUUUGUAGUCUUUACCUUCCGUUCGAGAGAAAAAAAUCAUUAUUACAAAUCAGAUUAAGUGUUUAGUCAAAGAUCGCUUGAUAUGUGCAUUGUUGUGAAUAAAGUAUGGUAAAGUUUCGUGAAUGUCGUAAUUUCUCAGAUAUUAGUCUCGAGGAACAUAAGACAGCUGUUUGUCACAGUAUGGAAAUCCAUAGUGGUAUGUACCCACAACCCCUUAGUUCUCGUGACAAGUGCUAGAUUAUUAAGGCCACCUGAUUUCCGUUCUGUAGUAUAAGUUUGCAACUUUAAUUGUGAUAUAGUAAGACGAUAGUUCCAAUACCACUGGUACCAACUGUUUAACUCCUGACUUGUAGACGCUCCGGGAGCAAAUCAUUGAUACUUCAGGAAGUCAUCUCUAAGUAACUGAACCGACCUACAAUCUAUGAUAUAUCAGAAGACUAAAGAAAUGGUAAGUCGCAAAACUAAUUUAUCGUUUAUUAUUGUAUAAACACUUACUGUAUACUUGUGGUGUGAACUACUUAUAUCGACAUAAGUAGUAUAUAACGAUGGUCAAGCGUAGAAUGUGUUUCAGUAGAAAGUCGAUAAGGAAAGAACAGAAACGCAACGCAAUUGGUAUGAAAAUGUAUGAACAAUGAAAUCUGAGACAGUGGACUGAUAUUUGCAAAAGAACAGUCAAGUUUGAGACGAGUUAACUAUUUACUAUAUGGUUCUCAAAUUUCAUUGAGAUACUGUAAUUUAAUGUCAAAUACAUUCGAUUGUCCCC